UCGAAAUGUCAGUGAAGCAAAUUUAUUACUCAGAGAAAUACUACGACGACGUAUUCGAGUACAGACAUGUCCUGUUGCCGAAGGAAAUAGCUAAGCUUGUCCCAAAACGGCAUCUUAUGUCAGAAACUGAAUGGCGAAGUCUUGGUGUUCAACAAUCUCAGGGUUGGGAACAUUACAUGAAACAUGACCCUGAGCCUCACAUUUUGUUAUUUAGAAGAGAAAGGACGGAUCUGCGCAAGAAUUAGAACACAAGAAUGCCAUUGUAGUAACUGUCAAUGGAAUGAAGCUGGAACAGUGUACUAAUGCUAACCUCUACAUUAAAAUAUAACAAUAUUAAUGA